CAGUUGUCCCUGGCCCCCUUCACAGAGCUGCUGGACAGUGAGGGAAUUGCUGUGGAAUUGCACAAUUGGAAUUCUGGCUGCUAGGAGUCCUGCCAGAAGACCCUUUUAGAAGACAGUCCCUUGUGGGCCCCUGUCUCUGGGCAGGUUGGCAGCUUCCUGGGUCAGAGCACUGGACCUCCAUGGACCUCCCUAGUCACCUUCAAUACCUACUGCACUACUCAGCAUGGUCCAGCACUCUGAGAACAAGAGGGAUUUGGCAUGCAUCUCUGCCCAGCCUGACAAUCACCUAGCUGGAUAAUACUGUAUGGAUAGCUUAGGUAUCAAUACUUGUAUUCCAUCAAAAAGGCAUUUUUUUGAUUCAUAAUGCUUCCAAGGAAUCACAAGUUCUGGACAGAAAAAUUUACUCAGAUUUGAAUUGCACAACAUAAAGGCAUCAUAAAACCUUUGCUCCCUAAUUCCACAUAAAGAGCUCCAGCUUUCUCUGGGAACUUAAAGCUCUUUGGAAGCCAAGGUUUCCACAAUGAAGAGCUUUCUGACUUUCCUUCUUGCAAUGGGCAUCAUAGUAGCCCUGGGUGAUGCAUACUGCUGGAGAAAAAUGUACAAGCCAGAGGAGGCCCAAAACGGCUGUAUGGUAAAUGGAAAACUGUAUCCCUUUGGACGCAUUGAGAGGACAGAGGAUUGCUACAGGUGUUCCUGUGACAAAGAUGGAUUGGAAUGUUGUGCCCUCUUUCAUACUCCUGUUGCUUAUGACAAAAAGAAAUGUAAAGUUGUUUUUAACAAGGAGCGCUGUGACUAUGAUGUGGUGCAGAAGGACGACCCCUCCAAGGCCUGUUUUGUCUAUGCUCGUGUGGGCUAACACCUGCUCCAAGCCUCUGCACUGUGGAACUCAUCUCCUUCCUACAGAUGCUUUGCCAUCACAGAGAAGCACCAAGACACGGGAUAAUCUCAUAAAAGAGAAAACUUUAGUAUCUGUUCCGCAACCUACUAAUUGACCUAAUUCACUUUCCAAGAUGCAUAAUCAGACAGAGUGUGUAAUUUCUGUCAUUUCUGCAUUGUUGACUACAAUAAAAUGAGAUGAAACAUCAAUAAAUGCUCCUUCAUGGUAAA